AUGACAAGAAUGAAAGAAUAUUUAUCUCAGAGUGUGGUUACGGAAAGAGAAGAUGUAGUUUUGGAGAUGACUGGAGACGUAAACAAGGUAUUUGGUGAGUCAAACACGGAUAAUGUGGCAAGGGAAGACGAAAUAGAAAACUAUUUGUAUGAAGGAGAGGUUAGUAUAGACUUUAAUGACAUAGAUGAGACUAUGUACGAAUAUGGUGAAAACGAACAUAAACAUAAAUAA